AGCAACCCGGAAGUAGUAUGUGCCUGUUGAAGGUCUUCGGCAAUGGUCGGUGUUUAGAUAACACUUCCUCGUUGUGCGUCUCAAGCUGGUGCUGACAAUGGGCGUUAAAAUAGAGAUUUUCAGAAUGAUGUUGUAUCUGUCCUUUCCUGUGUCCAUUUUCUGGAUCUCGAAUCAAGCAGACUACUUUGAGGAAUAUGUUGUAAAGAGAAAGAGGGAGCUCUUCCCCCCUAACGAGGCACUGCAUAGGAAAGAGUUGGAAGACUUCAAAGAGCGAAUGCGUGUUCGAAAGGAGAAGAACCUCAAUAAACAUAUUUCUGAGGAAUCUCAGAACUGAGGAUUAUGUGUUGAAGAAAAACACGAGCUCUCAGCACUCGUGCAGGAUUAUUCGGGACUGUUUUUUUGGAGCAAAAGAAACUGAUUGGACUGGAGUAAGACCACAUCUCAUUCGAGGUCCGAGAAGACUGCAGGAAGAUUUCCAGGGAGUAAUUUACCCCUAUGAACCCAAUAUUUAAUGCUCUAGUGAUUGGAUUAUUUGAGUUUAGCUGCUGAUUUUGUUAUAUAAUAAAUAAUUAUUUGAAUUAUAUACCUAGUUGCAUUUUAUAUAAUUACAAUGGUUUGUUUUUUUGAGGUACAGUGCCUAUAAAUGUAUUAAGGGGCCGAGGCACUGACAGGCACUGACACACAGUGAGACCCUAUUGAAAUUGUAAGGAUUUAUUAUUCAUGCAAAUUAAAUGGCUUUUUGAUGGCUUUAGUAUAUUCAAAUUCUUACCAAAAUUUGCAGAAAAAUUGAAAGUGGUGAAAAUGUAUGUAUUCUGGAGGAAUUUUCAAUGGCUGAGGCAAAAUGGCUCAACAGUGCCCCCCCGAAACGUGUUUACAUUGACCGAUCUUCACAAAAAUCGAUACACAGGUAUAUCAUGACCAGACAAACAAAAAAGUAUUGUGGUACAAUUGGAAAAGUGCAACAGGAAGCCUGCUACUUUGCAUUUAGUGCAUAUUCCACAUUUUUACUUUGAGGUACUUGUUCCAGGGCUUACAUCAGAUAAACUUCAAAUUGAGAUGAGUGUCAUCACAACAAGAUGGAGAUAAAAAAAAACUCAAGGAUCAUCAUAAAGAAAUACCGUUGUAUAUUUGACAGUACAAUGGUACAUUGAUCUACAUUAAUGUAUGUCUUCAUUCAAGUUCUAUACAUGUUAUAUAUUUUACUGCCUUUCUUAUUUAUUAUAAGAUGUAUAUAUGAUGAUUAUAAUGAGGUAUCUGCAUAUAAAUUUCGAUCUCCAGAGUAUGAAGAUACAGUAUCUGAGAGGACGGUCUGAUAUUAAGUCUAGGAUGUGUCCUGACAAUCAUCAUGCAUAACAAUAUGCCAAACUUCUCAGCCAUCCUGAUUAACAGAUGACAUAGCUUUCCCAAGGCUCAUCAAAAGAUAUUUGGCAAUUAAAAGUGGGCAGUCAGUUGUUUCACAAUCUUUGGCUGGAGACACUGCCAAUACAGAGAGCAUUUAUUUAUUUCUUGACAGCUGUUUCUUUUUCGCAGCUGCCGCUCAUUUUAAAAGUCACAUUCAACAUAUGGUAUGAUAAUAUUUUCAUGAUGUGAUGGGCUAAUAAAUACUAUCCUCCUGUGA